UUCGGCUCCCGCAUCCCUCCAUCCGAGCCUGUGCCGCAGCCGCAUCGCCACCGCAGCCCCGGCAGAGCCGAGCCCGGCCCAGGCCCCUGCCCCUGCCCGGCCCUCGGCUCGCCACCCCCGGCCCCGCCCCCGUCCGCGGCCCCCCCCCCAGCGGCUCCGGUGCCCCCCGGCGCCCCCAGACUCCGGCCUCCAGCACCGAGGCAGGAGGCAGGGAGCAGCAGCAGAGGCAGGAGGACGAGGAGGAGGAGGAGGAGGAGCCGUCGCAGGAUGAAGGAUCGGACUCAGGAGCUGCGGAGUGCGAAAGACAGUGAUGAUGAAGAGGAGGUGGUCCAUGUGGAUCGGGAUCACUUCAUGGAUGAGUUCUUUGAACAGGUGGAAGAGAUCCGGGGCUGCAUUGAGAAGCUGUCAGAGGAUGUGGAGCAAGUGAAAAAACAGCACAGUGCCAUCCUGGCCGCCCCCAACCCAGAUGAGAAGACCAAACAGGAGCUGGAGGACCUCACCGCAGACAUCAAGAAGACUGCCAACAAGGUUCGGUCCAAGUUGAAAGCGAUCGAGCAAAGCAUUGAACAAGAGGAGGGGCUGAACCGUUCCUCCGCGGACCUGCGCAUCCGCAAGACCCAGCACUCCACACUCUCCCGGAAGUUCGUGGAAGUAAUGACCGAAUAUAAUGCGACCCAGUCCAAGUACCGGGACCGCUGCAAGGACCGGAUCCAGCGGCAGCUGGAGAUCACUGGAAGGACCACGACGAACGAAGAACUGGAAGACAUGCUGGAGAGCGGGAAGUUGGCCAUCUUCACCGAUGAUAUCAAAAUGGACUCACAGAUGACAAAGCAGGCACUGAAUGAGAUCGAGACGAGGCACAACGAGAUCAUCAAACUGGAAACCAGCAUUCGAGAGCUGCAUGACAUGUUUGUGGACAUGGCCAUGCUCGUGGAAAGCCAGGGUGAGAUGAUUGACCGCAUUGAGUACAACGUGGAACAUUCCGUGGACUAUGUGGAGCGAGCUGUGUCUGACACCAAGAAAGCUGUGAAAUAUCAGAGCAAGGCCCGGAGGAAGAAAAUCAUGAUCAUCAUUUGCUGUGUGGUGCUGGGGGUGGUCUUGGCGUCAUCCAUUGGGGGGACGCUGGGCUUGUAGGCCCCCCCAUCUCUCCCAGACCCUUCCCCCACCACAUUGGGAGCAAUACCCCCACCAUCCCCUUCCAUCCCCUGCUCCAGGCUCACCCCCAAGACAGACCCAGGCAGCCCCCCCUUCCCACCCCCCGUCAGACCCUGGAGUCCCUGGACCUCACCCCGCCAUGGACCACCCCUGCCCCCGCACGUAGAUAGCAGCAGGCGUGAUUACACAUGCACACCAACAUGCAUGCCGCCAGCACAUGCUCGAGACGUGUGGACACCCCAGCGUGUGUGUGUACGUGUGUAGAUGUGUGUAGAAACACCAAAUCACCCUUCUGCCCCCCCCCUCCCCCCCCCCCCCCGCCUCAGGUCUGUGUGUCUUCUGAGCUUCCCCCUUUCACUUGGGUUGUUGUGUGUAGACUGUGGCCGGGUAUAACACAGCAGCCCACCAAGCCCCGCUCUGUCUUCUGUGAAUAGAUGCGUGUGUGUGUGUGUGUGUGUGGCCACAGAUCCACAGACACACAAUUCGCAUACAUGGAA